UCCGCAGGCUCCCUCCCCUCGCCGGGGGCUGCGAGUUGCAUUUGGUAAAACCCAGCCCCGGAAUAUAUAGAUCAUUGGAGCGCAAUGAAGUAGCCUUUGGAGAGGAGGGAGGGGGCCCGUCCGACAGCCACAGCGGCCAGUGCAGCGCAGCGGCAGCGGCGGCGGCAGCACCAUCGCCGCUCGCACCCCAGCCGCCCGGCCCGCGAGGAGGCAGCGGCGACCGCCGGAGCAAGCGGAGGAGGCGGCGGAGCGCGCGGAGAGGCGGGGAGGAGCAGCAGGGGCGCGCGGACGCUGGUCCACGCAUCUCGGCACUUCCAGACCAACUCCGGCGCCUUCCACACCCCGGCCCCGGGCUGGGGGGCUCCAGAACCGCCGCGAAGCCACCCGAGCCUUCCCCCGAGAGCUGCCCAGCCCUGCCCUGCGCCUCCGGGGCUCCGGUCCGCGCGGCGGGGUCCCCGCUCCUGCGCCCCGGGCGCGCCUCGCGGACUCCCCGGUCCCUGCAGCCAGGACAAAAGCCAUGAAGCCGGCGCUGCUGGAAGUGAUGAGGAUGAACAGAAUUUGCCGGAUGGUGCUGGCCACUUGCUUGGGAUCCUUUAUCCUGGUCAUCUUCUAUUUCCAAAGUAUGUUGCACCCAGUCAUGCGGAGGAAUCCCUUCGGUGUGGACAUCUGCUGCCGAAAGGGGUCGCGAAGUCCCCUGCAGGAGCUCUACAACCCGAUCCAGCUGGAGCUCUCCAACACCGCCGUCCUGCACCAGAUGAGGCGGGACCAGGUGACAGACACGUGCCGGGCCAACAGCGCCAUGAGUCGCAAGCGGCGCGUGCUGACCCCCAACGACCUGAAGCAUCUAGUGGUGGACGAGGACCACGAGCUCAUCUACUGCUACGUCCCCAAGGUGGCGUGCACCAACUGGAAGCGCCUGAUGAUGGUCCUGAGCGGGCGCGGCAAGUACAGCGACCCCAUGGAGAUCCCGGCGAACGAGGCGCACGUGUCCGCCAACCUGAAGACCCUCAACCAGUACAGCAUCCCCGAGAUCAACCACCGCUUGAAAAGCUACAUGAAGUUCCUGUUCGUCCGCGAGCCCUUCGAGAGGCUGGUGUCCGCCUACCGCAACAAGUUCACGCAGAAGUACAACACGUCCUUCCACAAGCGCUACGGCACCAAGAUCAUCAAGCGCCAGCGCAAGAACGCCACGCAGGAGGCGCUGCGCAAGGGCGACGAUGUCAAGUUCGAGGAGUUCGUGGCCUACCUGAUCGACCCGCACACCCAGCGCGAGGAGCCCUUUAACGAGCACUGGCAGACGGUCUACUCCCUCUGCCACCCCUGCCACAUCCGCUACGACCUCGUGGGCAAGUACGAGACGCUGGAGGAGGACUCCAAUUACGUCCUGCAGCUGGCGGGCGUGAGCAGCUACCUGAAGUUCCCCACCUACGCCAAGUCCACCAGAACUACUGACGAAAUGACCACAGAGUUCUUCCAGAACAUCAGCUCAGAGCACCAAACGCAGCUCUACGAAGUCUACAAACUCGAUUUUUUAAUGUUCAAUUACUCAGUGCCAAGCUACCUGAAAUUGGAAUAA